CUGGUAGUAGUUUGAUUGGGUUUGGAGCAGAGCAGGUUAUUUUAGUACGUGAUGAUUCUGUGAAGAAAGAAGUCUCCGACCAAAUUGGAAAUCAAGCCCUUGUCUUGACAUUAGUUGAGUGCAAAGGCCUCGAGUUUCAGGAUGUCUGUUGUACAACUUUUUUGGAACAUCUCCUUUAAAGAAUCAGUGGCGAGUUAUUUACGGACACAUGGAGGAACUAGAUCUGCUUCACUGCGCCGAACACAAAUCAUUUCCAAGUUUCUGCUCGGCCAAGCACAAAAUUCUUUGCUCUGAAUUGAAACAACUGUAUGUGGCUCUUACUCGUGCUAGGCAGAGGCUGUGGAUCUAUGAGAAUACAGACAAAUUCUCGAUGCCUAUGUUUGAUUACUGGAAGAAGUUGGGAGUCGUACAGACGAUGCGAGUUGGAAGCAGCAAGGAAGAGUUGGGAGUCGUACAGACAAAUUCUCAACAUCUGGAUGAAUCUCUUGCACAGACGAUGCGAGUUGGAAGCAGCAAGGAAGAGUGGUGUUCUUGCAGUAUCAAGCUAUUUAACGUGGGUAAUUUUGAGAUGGCGAUGAUGUGUUUCGAAAGAGCUGGAGAUCCAUACAAAGAGAAAUGGGCAAAAGCUGCUGGACUUAGAGCUGCUGCUAUCCGAGUGGGUGGUUCAAGUUCUGAACUGGCUCGCGUUCAUCUGACUGAGGCUGCUGAGAUUUUUGAAACAAUUGGAAAAUUCGAGAUUGCUGCAAAAUGCUUUAUUCAGUUAAAGGAAUACGAAAGGGCAGGUUUGCUUUACCUGAAGAAUUCCGAGGAACCAAGGCUAGAGGAUGCAGCUGAUUGUUUUUCUCUUGCUGGAUGCUGGUCUAUUGCGGCCGAAGUGUAUUGUAGGGCUAAUUGCUUGUUGAAAUGCCUGACUGCUUGCACCAAGGGAAAUCUUUUGGAAGCGGGGCUUCUGUUCAUAGAGAAAUGGAAAGCAGAUGGAAUCUUUGAUGGUGAUACAGCCGAAAGUCAAGGGAUGAAAGAAUUGAAACAAGAGUUCCUAGAAAAGUGUGCAUUUCUCCAUUAUCAAGUGAAAGAUACAAAUAGUAUGAUGAAGUUUGUUCGGUCCUUCAACUCAUUGAACUUGAUGCGGACUUUCUUGGUAACUCAUAGUUAUCUCGAUGAGCUCGUGGAUUUGGAGGUCGAGUUUGGAAACUGUAUGGAGGCUGCAAGUUCUGCCAAGCUGAGAGGAGAUCUUCUUCUUGGGUCAGAAAUACUGGAAAAGGGUGGGUGCUAUGAAGAAGCAUCAAGGAUCAUUCUUCUGUAUGUUAUUGUCAAUUCUCUUUGGAUUACAGGAAGCAAAGGUUGGCCCUUGAAGAAAUUCUCAAACAAAGAGGAACUUUUGACAAAAUCAAAAUUGAUGGCAAAGACUAGCAAUGAUAACUUUUAUGAGUUAAUCUGCUUGGUGGCUAGCUCAUUAUAAGAGAAAAACAGCAACUUAGCAAAGAUGGGAGAUUAUUUGGCUACUUCCCGGAGGCUCGGUCAUCUUGGAGCAGAAUUUUUUUUACCUUCGGAAGAUACUUGAUUUCCAUCUUGAAGUAAGGCUUGGCAAAUAUGAACAGGAUGAAAUGGUAGUGUUGGACCCUAUGAAACAUGCAGCACUAAUGAUUUCCAGUAAGAGGGUUUCAACUCAGGCUUUAAUUUACUUCUGGAAUAUAUGGAAGGAGAAGAUUCUAAGCAUAUUGAUGUUCCUUGGUUCUAUUGGAACAAAACAUGAAAAAGACUAAGGGCUAUGAUGAGUUUUGUAUGGAUUACUUAGGUGUCUGCAAAACGGUACAAAAUAGCAGUUUCAUUUACAUAUUGCUAAAUGCAGAUGCCUAUUUGGGUGAAAGAGAUCUGUCAUAGAUCUGUUGGACAAAAUGGGGAAUUGGUUACAAUGGAUGCUCACCAGUUUGUAUCUGCUGCUCAGAGUUACUGGGUUUCUGAAGUCACCAGUCUUGGUAUGAAUGUGUUAGAGAAGCUCAAUACCCUUUAUCGGUUUUAUGCUGGAAAGUCUCCUCAUUGUUUAAUCAAGGAAUGACUUCUCUUCACAUAUUUGGAGUCACAAAAAGGCUCAUGGAAUCUAAGGUAUUGGACUGGGAGGCUCCUAAGGCACUACUAGAGUACUCUGCGUCUUGUAGACGGCGGUUUUUCGAAAUUGUAAGUCCCGCAAACUCAAAGAUGAUUUUUUUAGAAGAUAUGAUCAAGCUAAGAAAAACAUAACUUUGUAGGGAAAUUACCAAAGAACUAAUUAUGGAAAUUGUCAGAUCGGAAAGAAAUUUCUCUUAAAUUUGGGAAGUGGUGAUUGUAGGAUCCAAAUAUCGCACAAUAGUAAGAUCUCGCGAGAAUGUAGCGAGAGCCUGGGAGAACGUAGCGAGAGCCUGAGAUAAUAUGAGCUGUAAUCCACUACAUAUGAGCUGUCAUCCACUAUGUAAUAUCCUAUAUAAAGAGAAAGGCAAGAGAGAGAAAGAAUAAUAAUCAGAAAAUGAUACACAUUUUAAGAUGAGAGAGGGAGACACAAUUA